AUGCCUAAAUGUGAGACGUGCUCGAAAACGUUUGGUACUCAGGAAGCGUGCAAGCAGCACAUGACUGAAAAGGGCCAUCAAAAACCGAGGGAAAAAUGCGACCAGUGCAAUAAACUCUUUCAAGAUCGGAGGGCAGCAGAAGAGCACAUGACAAAAGUUGGGCAUCGGAGCCCCAAGAUUCCUUGUCAAACUUGUGUUGUCAAGUUCUCCACGCAAGAAGCAGCAAACCAGCAUAUGACAGCCAAGAACCAUUACAAAAACUACUGUACGCCUUGCAAGCACAAAUUCUCGAACGAAAAUGAUCUGAAAAUGCACUUCAAUUCAAAGGCUCACCGUCGCACACAAGAUUCUGGCCCUAUCUACAAGACUGUUGCAAGUAAUGUCGACAACAAUAUCGAAGCUCGAUCUUACACCGAAGGCUUCCAAAGGAAUGAAACGAUGACUGCUAGCCUGAAUCUCAAGCAUGUCAGGCCAGGCGCAGUAGCUAACAUAAUUCCACCUCAACCUAACGACUAUACAGUCGGGUGGAUAUGUGCGCUACCGAAAGAGAUGGCAGCAGCUGAAGGAAUGCUCGACAAAAUCUACCAAACCCCCCCACAACAUAGACAGGACGAGAACAACUAUGUUGUUGGCCAGAUUGCGCAUCUGAAGAUUGUCGUGGUUUGCUUGCCAUCUGGGGUUGUGGGUACAACGUCCGCGACUACGGUAGUAGAACACAUGCGCCAAACCUUCACUGCAUUGAAAUAUGUUUUGUUGGUGGGUAUUGGAGGUGGUAUGCCGAGCGAGAACUCUGACGUGCGCUUGGGAGAUGUUGUUAUCAGCAAACGGGUCAUCCAGUAUGAUUAUGGCAAAGCUAUCACGGACGGUCGCUUUGUGCCGACAGGCCAUUUGAACCGACCACCGAAUGUUUUACUCAACGCCGUUUCACGGCUGGAAAGCCAAGAAGCUACAGGAUCUUCUGCGUUGGCGUUGUCCAUCUUUGGACACUUGGCCCAUAUUAAAGCCAAACAUCCUGAUUCGGAAGACAACUGGUCAUAUCCAGGCGUGGAGAACGACCAAUUGUUCAACAGCGAUUACGAUCACGAAGGAAACACUUUCACAUGCGUGGGUUGUGACCCAGCCCGGUUAGAAUUCCGCCCACCGCGUGGAAGCAACUGGCCAAAGUUUCACUAUGGGAUGAUAGCAUCCGCCAAUAGAGUCAUGCGCGACGGGGCUGCUCGAGAACGACUCCGCAAGGAUACAAACGCACUGUGCGUCGAGAUGGAGGCGGCUGGGCUUAUGAACAACUUUCCAUGUUUAGUUAUCCGUGGGAUUUGCGACUAUGCUGAUUCCCACAAGAACAAGGGCUGGCAACUGUACGCUGCGGCAAUAGCAGCUGCGUAUGCUAAGGAGUUGUUAUCCAUUAUGCCAAAGCACAUAUAG